AUGUUUUCUGCUAUCUUCUCUCGACUACGCCUUCCAGGCGUCGCACCCACACAAGGCACCAACCAAGACGACAACGACGACGCCUCCUCGAUGAACAGAAGUCUCAACCUUCCAUGGCCUGUCACUGAAUCCUCGCUCCGAAGGGGACCGUCGUCGGCAUCCGCUCAGGGUGUCACUAUCAGCAAUCCCAUUCCACGGGCGACACCGAUCUCGCUGACUGGAUUUGGUUAUGACGAACAUGCUACUGCUCCGCCCGUUUACGCCAGCAAUGGUAACGCCCGACAGACCCAAGGAGGACCUUCGAUGACCAACGUUGUAUCACCGCCGGGCGCAUGGUAUGAGCCGCCAGAAAAACCCAGAGUGCGACGCUUGUAUCCACCGCCGGAGGUUGAUGUGUCUGCUCCAGUACAGACGCAGGGGCAGGCUGCGGCACUUGCUCCACCUGCAGUCGUGCGUUUGGACAGCGAAACGUUUGCUGCAGCUUCCGCGGACAAUAGAGAGGAUCAGGACGAAGAAGAAGCACAUCCUCCCACAUACGCGUAUACGUAUACGUCGCAUCCGCCGAGCGCGUCCGCAUACGCAGUGCCAUAUCCAGACUCGAGGCCAUAUCCAAGCCCUGUAUACACAAACCCCGCUGCUGCCAGCUCUUCCCAUUCCCCACAGCGAAGUCACGAUAGCUGGAAUGAGCCAACUCCCAGGGCGAAUCCAGCACGACUACCACACCACAGCAGCCCAGACCUCGAUCGGCAGGUGGACGACAGAGAGCUGUAUACAUCCCCCUUCGAAUCAGACUUCGAACAGACUGGAUUUCCUAUGCCGCCGAAAUCGACCACGAGUUCGUCGGCCCCUGAAAAUGGCAACGGGGGCGCAAGUGGUGGAUCGAUGACCAAGUCCCGCUGGGGGUUGAAGCUACAGCUACAACAAUCCCAGAUGGCGCCGGCCAGCAUGCCUUCGCUGCCUGUCAGUGGCAACCACAGUCAGCAACAGGCCACGCGGCACACGCACCCUACGCAUGUACAGAGGCACACCGGCGUCCAGACAUUCGAGCCCAACGAAGGCGUAGGGACUGAUGUGUACAAGAGCGCGUACAACUAUCCACUCGCAAAGCAACUGUCGCCGAUUGUGGAGCAGGAUUAUAUUUCACCGACGCGUUCUGACUCGGAGUCGCGCUCCGUUAUUGGAUUGGGGAAGAGCGUUGGGACGGGUGCUGGCAGCAAGCAGAACAGUGCUCGGGCCAGUCCGGGGGUGGAAAGCAUUGUGGGUUCAUUGGCCAGGGGGAAAUCGAGGCAUGGGGUAGGAGAGGAAAUGGAGGAUGAUAGAGCAUCGCUGAGGACGAGAACCGGAUCGGCGAAUUCGAUUCGCACUGUCAGUGGGAAUGUGGGAGGCAAUACGACGAGCUUGAGCCGAUCUGGGUCUUUGACAUUGUCUGCGGAUGCCUCAGCGAUUCAGAAAGGUGUCCAUGCUGCAACCUUGAGUAGAGGUGGGAAUGGAAGUGUCGGGUCCGGUAAAGAGAAGUUGGAGAUUGCUCGUCCUUCACCUAUCCAUCCUUCGCCAUUCAUAAAUCGUCAUCUGAACCGUACGGUUUCCCAAACCUCGUCCAAAUCCGACUGUCAAGCCCCUCCAUCGCAGACACCGUCACAGUCCCAAACACAUACCCCUGUGUCCAGUCAGCCCCCCACACCUGGCAUCACAGCACGGGUGCCAAUUGCCCUACUCUCAACUACAUCACCGAGUCCUCGUGCAACUGCCUGUCCCACCACAAAUGCUACCGCGAACAACAAUGGGGGCAUCACCGUUCAGACGCCUACAUCGGCUGGUACGACGGGAUCGACGACCACAGCGACGAUGUUCACCCCGACGUCGACGUUGCAAACGCCCACAAGUGCGACAGUUAUUCAGCACCCUCCUGGAGCGAUUGUGGCGUCGACGGCACCUACGGCCACUGGACCGUCGGAAGGAGUGAUGCCUUUGCCCAAGAUCCCUGCGGUGUCCCCGAUUGAAUUGCGGUAUUCUAUGUUCGGCUCUGUAAGCCCUCGGGCGGAUAGAUCUUCAAGGAUGGCCAGGACCUCGAUAGCUGGGAGCACUUUGAAAGGUGGUGUGGAUAGGAUGCCUGUGAUCGCGGGCAGCGUGGAGGGAUAUUAUGAGGAUGAAGAUGAGGAAGAGGAAGACGCAGAGGAGGGCGAGGAGGGCGAGGAGGAUUAUGAGGAGGAAGAGUAUGACAGGGAAUCCCUACACGCGGAGAGUUUCGUUACGGCCGGGACCAACGAUGAAAACGUCCUCGAAGAUGAUAAAGGGAUCAACGACCCCAAUGGAGGCGUAGAGCUUGCUACGCUCGGGAAGUACAGUCAUACAGUGCGACCGGCAUCACCUGGGGGAUCAUCUAGUGUCGAAAGACUGCCGCCUGGAGCACGACGAGAUUCUGAACGACCUUCGCGAGGACCUUCGCGCUCCGCGUCACGAACGGGCGCACAGAUAGCGCAAGCAGAUGGGCGUGCCACCCCGGGGUCUGGUGGGGGCGAGUCGUUUAUCGAUCGUCGGUGGGAGAGGGAUGCUGGCUUCGGUCUCUCCUCCUCACCAACGACCUUCCGGGUCCGGGCAAGGUAUAUUCCGUCUCGUUGGCCAUUUCGCUCUUUGUCCUCCGGUUCCUCUUUCACAGCAGCAUUCUGGGCCUUCUGGUUGGGAUUCUUGUGUCCGAUGUUAUGGUUGGUCGGAGGAUGGCACUUCACGAACGCGGGUGAGAUGCCCCCGAAGUACACCGUCUGGGAGUGGUAUUUCUGGAAGAGGAGAUGGAGCGUCAGGGUGUGGUGCAGAACUAUUGGUUCUCGGCUGAAGGGGGCGGUGGGCCUGUGCACAAGGCGCAGACAGGGUAAGAAGGAUGUUCGAGAGAGUGAGGACAGUGGAGUAACAUUCGCCGAGCCGCAGCAAGAGCCACCACAGAGGAGAAAUAAAGGGAAAAGACGGAGCGACUCACAUUCAAAGCUUCGAGAUGCGAAGGUAUAUCCCUCCCUCCCUCGUUGGGUCGCCGAGAGGCAGUCCACGGACGACGGACGCAUGAAACUCAAUGAUCCAAAACGAACAUUAAGGGGCAUAUCCUUUGGCUAUCCAUUCAUCCCCAGAACACAGAUGUCCCAAGGAUCAUUGCCCGACCAAUCCUCCUCUUUGUUUUACCGGUUACUGAGAGCCGUGUUCGAAUUGCUGGGAAAGCCCAACAGGAUUCUAGAUCAACUUUAUGGCGUGAAGCUGAAGGAAGUACGUGGAAGGCCGGAGAGCGGACGGCGUAUGUUCGAUCCAUGGAUUCAGCGGUGCAGGUAUGCGUUUUGUUGGGCGUUGCUCUUGAUAGCAAUUGGACUGUGUGUAGCAUCGGUGUUCUUGAUCAUUGUGAACACCAAGAGGCUGGCAGCUGCGUAG